AUGAAUAUUGGCAACGAAACCAUCCAAGUAAUAAACUUUAACGUGCCCACACCCGAAUCCGCUGCCAAGAAUUUACAUCCUCCUUACAUUCCGGUCGUAUUGCCUGAGGACUUAGCUGAACGAAUAAACGUCUUGCACGGCGAUCCCGCUGUAUGGUGGAUAGGACAGUUCUUUAAAUACAUCUUCCGGCUACAACCAUCCACUACCAAAGUAUUUGACGAAUUUGCCAAGCGAGUGCAUUUCAAAAAACCAAUUGUCGGUGUGCAUAUCAGACGAUCCGAUAAACUCAUCGCUGAAGCUUCAUUCCACAAACUCGAAGAAUAUAUGUAUCACGUUGAAGAMUAUUACAAACUCAARGAAUUAAACGGYGAAUACUACACAAAACGAAUUUAUUUGGCAACGGACGAUWUAACACUGUUUAAUGAAGCUCGACUUAAAUAUCCUGAAUACGAUAUUAUCGGAGAUMSAGAAAUAUCCAAAACUGCAGGGAUCCUUAGUAAACGAGAGUUGGACAGUUCGAUUAUGGAUAUCAUCACCGACGUAUAUUUUCUAUCUCAUCACUGUGACUACUUAGUUUGUACUUUUUCGUCAAAUGUAUGCCGGUUAGCUUAUGAAAUUAUGAACAGUCUCCAACCAGAUGCAUCAGCUAAGUUUACUUCUUUAGACGAUACAUUUUAUUUUAGUGGUCAAGUUCAUAGACUGAAUGUAGCUUUAAUAUCUCAUAAAGCAGACGGACCGGAUGAGAUGGAUCUAGAAGUAGGUGACGAGAUCGAAGUAGCUGGAAAUCAUUGGAACGGUUAUUCAAAAGGGACAAAUUUGAGAACAAMUAAAACGCUUCUGUAUCCUAGUUUCAAGGUAACAACGAAAAUUGAAGUUUUUCCAUUUGCCACUUAUCCAAAUAUCACUGUCGACAUUUAGACACGGAAAAAUAAAAUUUAUAACAAAUGUAAAUUGUGUGCUAUUA